GGGUCGUCGGCAUUAACCUCACUCUCAUCCCGUUGGUAUUCACAGGCUAUGGAGAUCUGGGUGGUUCUCUCUGAGUCUUAGGCUCCCACCCCAAUUCAUUUCCCACCCAGUGCCACCCUGGGCUGCUCCAGGAAUCCUUUCUUGCGCCUGGUAUGAGCCCCACGCUGGCAGAAAUUGCGGGCGAUGGCGGUGACCAUGCUUCAGGACUGGUGCAGGUGGAUGGGCGUCAGCGUUCGCAGGGGCCUGCUCAUUCUGGGCGUCCCUGAGGUCUGUGAUGAAGCCGCACUCCAAGAGGCCCUGGAGGCCACCCUGUGGCCCAUGGGCCACUUUGCGGUGCUGGGCAAAGUAUUUCGAGAGAAGGACAAUGCCACUGCAGCCCUGGUGGAGCUUGAUGGGGAAGUCAACUAUGCUUUGGUCCCCAGGGAAAUCUCGGGCAUCGGGGGGCCCUGGACCGUGGUCUUUGUGCCCCGUUGCUCAGGCCAGGAGGUUCUUGGUCGUGUGUUCCACUUCCUGGAGCAACAGGGGCAGAUGGUAGAGAGUAUGGCCGGCACCCUGGGGCUGGUAGAGUGUGCUGGCUCCGGUCGGUCACACACUCCUGGCGGAGAACCCUGCCAGGACUGCGCAGGACUGCCUGGUGGCCCUGAUCCAGGUGUUUGGAGAAAGCGAGUCCCAGGCGACUCUCCGGGUGAAGUGUUUCACGGCUCAGCAGCAGUCAGGUGAGCGUCUCUCUGCUUUUGUGUUGUGGCUGGAAGUCCUGCUGCAGAAAGCCAUGGAGAAGGGGGCCCUGGCCAGAGCCUCAGUCGACCACUUGUACCUCAGGCAGGUGCUCACCAGAGCCAACCUGACUGAGCCACUGGAGGAAGCCCUGAGGAAGCUGAGGAUGGUUGGGAGGUCUCCAACUUUCCUGGAGAUGCUGGGGCUGGUUCGGGAGUCGGAAGCAUGGGAGGCCAGCCUGGCUGGGAGCGAGAGAACCCAGGCAGAAGAAAGUGCUGGUGCCCGGGGGCCGAUACCCAGGCUGAGGCCAGAGCCAAUGCUAAGGCAGAGGAUGACACGGUGGGGAAAAAGGGGCAGGAACAGGAGGAUGAGGAGCAGGACGACAGUGAUGACCAUGCCCCACCCCCGCUGGCCUAGGUCACCCAGGCCCCUCAGAGGCCCUUAGCAGCCCCGCCCCUGCCGACAUGGGCAGUGCUUCCGGGGAGGGCCCAGGAGGUCCCAUUGGUGAUCAGAGGGCCUGGCCCAGGCAGGACACCAGGAGGCUGAGGAGCCCCCCAGGAGGGCCUUAAGCCCAUCCUGGAGGAGUCAGGUAGUGAGGACGGGACAGGGGAGAUGAGCCCCCCCCGAGUCCUCCUUGGGCAAAUAGGCUCAGAAGGCCCAGCGGCCUCCUCUCCUCUGGGGCAGCAGAGCCCUGGAGGCAGGCGGAGGCCAGGCUGGGGAAGCCGCCUCACCCCACAUGGGGAGCAGGGCCGGGGAAGGGCCCACCCAGCCCAAACCAAGCCCCCGGCCCCCACUACCCCCUAGGGGCCCUGACCACCACCCUCGGCCCUUCCAAGUGACCACGAUGACCACGUGUGACAGCAAAUGGGGUGGGGAGAAGUUGUCCUGCCUCCAUGGCUGCACUACACCCAGCCCCAAAUGCUCUCACCUCGGGCAGCCGGCCUCGGGCAGCCCUGAGCAGCC